AUGCCGCCCUGGCUGCUCGGCAGCCUCUGCUGCGUGCUGGCGGCGCGGGCGGCGCUGGGCGGCGGCCCCGCGGGCGCGGAGGAGGAGGAGGAGGAGGAUAAGCUGAUCCGGGUGCUGGUGCUGCUGCCGCAGGACGACGCCUACCUCUUCUCGCUGGGGCGGGUGCGCCCGGCCAUCGAGUACGCGGUGCGGAGCCUGCGGGAGAGCGGCGCGGGUCUGCCGGCCGGCUACGCCUUCCAGCUCACCUACGAGGACUCGGCGUGCGGCAACCGCGCCCUGUUCAGCCUGGUGGACAUGGUGGCCCUGCAGCGCCGCCGCCCCGACCUGCUGCUGGGGCCGGUGUGCGAGUACGCGGCGGCGCCGGUGGCGCGGCUGGCCGCGCACUGGGACGUGCCGAUGCUGUCGGCGGGCGCGCUGGCCGCCGGCUUCGGCGCCAAGGGCGGCGAGUACUCGCACCUCACCCGCGUAGCGCCCGCCUACGCUAAGAUGGGAGAGAUGCUGCUGGCCCUCUUUCGCCACCACCAGUGGAACCGGGCCACGCUGCUCUACAGCGAUAGCAACCCCGAGCGCAGCUGCUACUUCGCCAUGGAGGGAGUCCAUGUGGUCUUCCAGGAGGAGGCCUUCCACAUGGCCGUGCACAGCUUCGACGAGACCAGCCGGCACCUCGACAUCGACGAUGUCGUCCGCGCCCUCCAGACGGGCGAGAGGGUUGUAAUCAUGUGUGCCAGCGGUGACACUGUCAGAAACAUCAUGUUGGCUGCUCAUCGGCAAGGAAUGACCAAUGGGGACUAUGCUUUCUUCAAUAUUGAACUCUUCAACAGUUCGUCAUAUGGAAAUGGUUCUUGGAGAAGAGGAGACAAACAUGACCUUGAAGCCAAGAAAGCAUACUCAUACCUCCAGACUGUCACUCUGCUGAGGACUGUGAAGCCUGAGUUUGAGAAGUUUUCCCUGGAGGUGAAAAGUUCUGCUCAGAAGCAAGGUCUUAAUGAAGAUGACAACGUGAACAUGUUUGUGGAAGGAUUCCAUGAUGCUGUUCUUCUUUAUGCUCUAGCUUUACAGGAAGUCGUGAAGAUUGGUUUCAGUAAGAAAGAUGGAGAAAAAAUAGUUCAACAAACACGGAACAGAACAUAUGAAGGCAUUGCAGGGCAGGUGUCCAUUGAUGCCAAUGGAGACAGAUAUGGGGAUUUCUCUGUGAUUGGAAUGACAGACCCGGAGGCAGGCACACAGGAGGUGAUUGGGGACUACUAUGGAAAGCAAGGGCGAUUUGAAAUUCGAUCGAAUGUGAAAUACCCGUGGAACCACGGCAGGCUGCGACUAGAUGAAAGCCGAGUUUCAGAGCACACAAACAAUACACCAUGUAAAUCAUCAGGUGGUCUAGGAGAAUCAGCAGUUACAGGAAUAGUUGUGGGCGCCUUGCUUGGAGCAGGAUUGCUAAUGGCUUUUUACUUCUUCAGAAAGAAAUACAGAAUAACUAUUGAGAGACGAACUCGACAGGAGGACUGUAACAUGGGGAAACAUCGGCAGUUACGUGAAGACUCCAUUAGAUCUCAUUUUUCUGCUGCAUAAAGAAGAUGAAAAAGAAUCCCAUUCUUCCUAGGGAAAAGAAAGAAUUAGAGAAAAGGACACAACCAAAGACAUCAGUGUAAAAAGAAGAGGCUCUUGAAGAACUCACACUUUUAAGCAGUAAUUUUGUCUUAAUUUCUUUCAGAAGCUCAGGAAUGAUUUACUAAUCACAUUAUGCCGCAUGGCUUUUCAUCUCAUGAGAAAAUUAUGCAGUUUGAUAUUAUAGGAUGUACUUAAUAUGUAAAGACAAUAUUUCCUAAGGCAUACAUUAAGGCUAGCAGAUUUUGGUUUAGU